UUGGAUUGAGAGCUGAAAAAAGGGGGUUCUUGUUGCUAGGACUGUUUUUGUAAUUUAUCAAUAGUGAAGAUGGAAAUUAUUAUGUCAAAAUUGUGAUUCUUAAUUUUACGUUUUUUUUUGUUUUUAACUAAUUUGACCUUUGUGACCAUUGAUAGGAUCUUACCAUUACUCUAUCGAUGCAAAUGGCCGGUGAAGAAGAGCGCAAUUUUAGAUUACCUUAUUAUGAUAAAAUUUUGAAAGGAGUUGAUCUUAAAGCAAUUGAUAAGCUAUUGGAAGAGAGACCUGUUAAUUUGACUAAAUUACAACAAUAUGUUCUCAAGUUUGGAUUAACAUCUACUAGAAGAGUCAUUGCCUGGAAAACACUGCUCGGGAUCACAGCUCGUACGGAACCUGGUGAUGAGUAUAUCGAAAAUAUUCACAAAGAAACUUGCAAUUUCCUCGAAUCGGCUUUGAAAAGUCUCUCAAUGAUCAAUGGUUGCACCAAAAACAGUACUAAAUUGUUGUUAAUGUAUAUAUUAGAAAUUAAAGAUCUAUCUUUUGAUAUAGAUAAGCAACUUGCUUCACAAGAUAAUGUUACAUGUAAUGCUAUAGCCAUGAGCUUUGAAAAUUUUGGUUUCCCAUUCGUUGAUACUUAUUGGUUAAUGCGAACCUUCCUUCUUAAACUCGAAGAGCAAAGGCAAAAUAUUUUAAAAAUGGCUCAAAAAUUUACAAUUGAAGACAAAGAUUUAGAAAAACACUUGGAAGAAACGGGUGCCAUAGACGUUUUGCCAAUCUCUGUAUGGUUUUGUCGAUGCUUUUCUGGAAUAAUCCAUGAUAGUUGCUUAGUGAGGCUUUGGGAUCGCCUGGUUAGUGGUUCCUUCAAAAUACUGCCGAUCAUUGCCAAAUACACAUUGUUGGAACUUAAAGACGAUCUCUUGACGAUAUCAUCCUCUACUGAAAUUCGAAGAAAAUUGUUGGAGCCGACUCCUCUAUCAUUUUCGGAGAACAUAACCAGGAACGUGUUGGAAACAAAAUAAGAAUCGUUCAAAAAAAUUACUCUUAAAAUUAUCAUCCAUGUCAAUUCUCUUCUUUUCUUUUCAACCUCAUGAAAGUGUCUUGUCACAAGAAACUUUUUUUAUCGAGUUACAAACCAAACUGCCUGGGCUAAUUUAAAUUCAUUUUUCUUUGAGACUUUUCACAACAUUCAGUUGAACCUUUCUAUAUGAAAGACCCUUUCCUUCAUGAGAAUCUAUCUAAUGUGGCGUAAGCUGACAGCUUGGUCUAUGUGAACAAAAUAAUUUCUUUUUUUUCUCUCUUUUUUUUAAUCAUUUUUAAGCUUAUAAAUUUAAAACAAAAACAGCUUAAUUUAAAAAUUUAAAAUUGUCAAUAUAGAAUUAGCUUUUUGGCUAGUCACAUCAAUUCUCAAUGUGAGAAGUUUUACUAAAUAACCUCGUCUGCUAAGCUCACGAUCUCUUGACUCUAAUUCGUAUUGAAGUCUCAAAAAAACAGCCUAACAAUUGAAAUUAAAUAAAUUGCUCUCAUGUGAUUAAUCUUAAGAAGAA